CGCUGAGUCGCACCAGGCGGGGCCUGCUCCUGCCGCUGAGGCCGGCCGGCCCAGCCGGAAGCCCGGGCGGCUGCGGGAGCAGCGUGGCUGUGCGCUGCAGGGUGGCGGGCAGGAAGGGAGUCGGCGCAGCGCGUUGCGUUGCGGGCUCCGUUGGUGUUGCCGCUAUGGGAGCGGAGCAGAGCGCGGAGGCCGAGAGCCGCCCGGGCGAGCCCAGCGCCUCAGCAUCUCCAUCCCCAGCUAAACAGCGUGCAAAAAUGGAUGACAUUGUGGUGGUAGCCCAAGGAACACAGUCUUCGCGGAACGUGAGCAAUGAUCCAGAUGUCAUAAAACUGCAGGAAAUUCCAACGUUUCAGCCCCUUUUAAAAGGACUCCUCAGCGGGCAGACAUCUCCAGCCAACGCCAAGCUGGAGAAGCUGGAUCCACACCAAGUGCUGCAGCUGUGUCUCCGAUACCAGGACCAUCUUCACCAGUGCGCGGAGGCUGUUGCCUUUGACCAGAAUGCUCUGGUGAAGCGCAUCAAAGAGCUUUUCUCCAUGCUCCCCUCCACAAGUGGACAUCACUGGGAUUUACCUGAGGAGCCUAAAAGUCACCAAAUGAAAUUGCUGGAGGAGAAAGGGAGCUUUGUUAUUCCAGAGCUGGCUGGAACCUGCCUGGAGAGGAAGGUUUUGAAGCAAGGGAGGUUUCUGCUCCUAUCCCCGUGCUGCCAUUCAGCUGGCUGCUGUUCCGCACUAGCUGCUGCUUUGCACUGGCUCUUGUUAGAUGGACCUCUCAGUGGAAACUCUUUACAGCUUCAUGCAGGAGCGCCAGAAGAAGUAUGCCAAGUAUGCGGAGCAGAUCCAGAAGGUCAACGAGAUGUCUGCCAUCCUCCGCCGCAUUCAGAUGGGCAUCGACCAGACUGUCCCGCUGAUGGAGAGGCUGAACAGCAUGCUGCCUGAGAGCGAGCAGCUUGAGCCCUUCAGCAUGAAACCUGACCGGGAGAUAAAGUCCUAGCUGCUCCAGCUCCCUCCACCUCCUGCACCCCAGUGCUUGGCGCAGGCGUGCCUCUGGACUGGCCGAUGUUGGGAGCAGACAGCCAUGUUGUCUGACUUUCCGCUAGGGCACCAGAGGAGGAACAGUCCCAGCUGCCAGGGCUGUGCAACCAGGAACCCAGGAGCUCCCCUGGCCUCGUUGUUUGGAGAGGAACACUUAACUGUGCUUUCAUCUCCCUUCACCUGCCCUGCUUUCUCCUCUUCCACUGCCACCACCUGUGCUGAGACGUUUGUUUCAUUGCUGUAAUUAGAUGUGGGUUUGCAGAGGAGUUCUUUCAUCCAUUCUUUUUACUAGAAGAAUUCAGUGGGAUAUGGGGUGUGACAAACCACCUAACAUGCUUUCUGUGCUGCAUGGGUUAGAGAAUUAGAUGGCUGGCGAGUAUUUUUGAGAUCCUUUGCCCUUGGAAAUAUGUAUGUUUUAUAGGUGAAAGUGUGGGAGCCAGGAACUGGCUUAUUAAAAUAUGUCUAUUAUCAUAAUUAACACGGCUUGCAUGGCAGGGUUUUGGCAUGUCUUUUCUUGAGGCUCUUUGUUUUUAUGGGCUCACUCAUUUAUGAGGCUGUAAAGGAAUAACUGUUCCAGAUAUGUCUGUUAUUGCUGAGCAGCCUUCAUGUUCUCUCCCCUUGCCCUGGCUGUGUCCCAUGCCCCAGCUGACGGCUGUUCACAUCCCUUACUUUGUGCUGCAAUUCUUACAGACGCUGGUACCUGCCUGUUUGCUUGGCACCCCAAAGCUGGACACAAGGGAUCAGAUCUUGUGUAUUUUUUGUAUUUAUUGGCAUACACCGGGUAUCUUGGUGCUCUUUAAUACCAAAGGGAUGCAGUCGGAGGGAGAGAUUUGAAAAGUCCUUCAGACUCCGUGCUGGCUGCACUGCCGUCAUGCUGAGAGCUUGCCUGAGCGUGGUGUUUUAUGACUGAAACCACACGGCCCGUUGGGAUCACGCUCCACAAACUGCUCCAAAGGCAACAGGAUGUUCCUGCGUUCCUGUGGACUGAGCCCCAGCUGGUGGGUCGGCAGCCUGCUCGUGGGGCCGAGGCACUGCUCUGGGACUCGGGGGACUGCAGACCGCCAGGACCGCUACUGGGCUGCUGCCACGGGCUUUGGUUUCUCCCCAUAUAAAAUGGGAUAUUUUUCACACUGCUGUGAAGUAUUUACACAUCUAGAAAUGGUGUUCGAACAGCCUGCGCUGCAAUUGCGCAGCAGCUCUUAUCCCAGCAGAAAGAGCAUGAAAGCAGAAGUGAGGAGCCCUGGGCUUGCAGGGCCGGUGGCAGGUUUGUGUUCAUUACAGACCUCCCAGAAUGCUGCUGCUGCUGAGGAGGCUUAACUUGAAUGGUGGUUUUAUUUCAGAGGUGUUCAUCCCAGAUUUUGAGAGAGUCCCAGCCACAACCAUCUGUCAGUACAGGCUUUGGGAUUUCCUGGAAUAGCUCUUAGCAUUUGAGUGUACCUAAUGAGCAAAAGGUUGUCUCCAAACAUUUGGGUAUGAAAGCAUCAUAGGUUUCUGAUUGUGUAAAUGGCUCCUGCAGGCAGGGAGCAACAGGCUGUUAGUUUUGCUUCAUUACCAGAGGCCACAUUAGCCCAGAGGCCCUAUGGGCCCUAUGGAUGGUGCACAGUGAAGAAUGGUUGGCGAAGAUGUGAACAGAACAUUCUGUGGGAAGGGCUGCAGUGAGCCCAUUUCAUUACUGCUCUCACAGCAGAGUUGGUACGUAGUUGUGCAUAGAGUAUAACAGUGUGAAGAGCAGGCUCCCAUCUGUGCUCCUGUGUUUUGUAGUAUUUUACACUUGGUUUGUUUAAAAGAAAAAAAAAAAAAAGCUGAUGCUUACAGCAGAAUGCAGUGUGCUUCCCAUGGUCAUGGUAUCUGUGCCAUCCUUCCUGGAGACAUUUCUGCCUUCUGCCACCAGACAUGCUCCAGCAGUCAGUAACUUGAAAGGCGUUUUGUCCUCACUGUUCAGACCGAGCUGCUUGGAAGCACGUAAAGUGCAGCAUUCAGCUGCUGUCUCCAUCCAGUGUGACAGUCCCUGUGCCCUGGAGUGCAGGCAGCUUAGGCCAGGAGUAGAUCUAGAUACCAGAUCUGCCAGCAGGGGCAAGGUUGUGGGUGCUCUCUCAUGUAAAGUUUUGGAUGUUUUCCUUGCACUUCAAGCAUCAGAUGAAAGCGUUGUUCUUCGUGGUGCUGAUGCAGAUGAGCGAAUGGUGCUUCUGUCUGGAAUGUGCGGGAGUAGGGGCUGCAAAUCAGUUUCUUAUUUGCCUAGAUAUUGGGCUGAUAAUGGGAGGAAAUGUGUAUUCCUAUGCACUAACUGCCUUUUAAGCUUCUGGGUUUCCCAGCUAGUGACUCCUGAAUAGCAAGGCUAAGUUGUAAAUGUAAUAACUGAACUAGAAGGAAAUCAGGGUUGAAAUAUCAGCCUCUUCCAAAGAACACAGCUCCAUCACUUCCAUUCGACAGGUCUCAUGUGUGUCCUGCAAAAUCCCUGUAUCCUCUAAUAGUUCUUAAGGGAUGGCUUACACUUCGACUUCAAACAUCGUCAGCGGCUUUAUCACCCAUCGUUCUUAGACCUCUUGCAGAAGGGAAGCCUUUUUUUGCUGCGUGUUGCUGUUGCUUGGCUGCUCCGUGCUUUGCUCCGUGUGCUGCUUUUGGAUUCACCGUAGGUAUGGGUGAUGCUUAAGGUGAGACCUUGCGUUACUCUCUCACUCCGUGCAGUAAGACAUGACUACAGUUACCCUUCUGCCUACAUGUUUCCUUUCCCAAGCCAGUCGGUGGUGGAGAAAGCUCAGGUCUCUGUUGUAACUGUACUGCUGCUUUGAACAUGAAGGACAGGUUGUUAGUGCUAUGAACAGGAUUAUCUGUAGCAGACUCCUGAAAACAAGCAUUUCUGCCCGUUCCUGUUUUGUGAUGUGAAAUGAAACUCCUGGGAAGCAGGUGCAGACAGAGCCUGCUGGUGUGUAACCUGAAAAGCUGGUGAGCGAAGCCAGGCCCUGAGCCGUGUUUCUCCAGGGGCCUGAGCUGCUCCAAUUCCUUUGCUGCCUUGGGUGCUUGUGACACUAACCCCUGGGGCACCGUACAGUGCUGCACUGGAGGGAAAGGUUUCCUUUGUGAUUUUACAUGUUCUAUACCGUAAUGCAUUGUCAGGGUGCUGAAGUACCAACCUGUCUGCUGCUCUGUUUCUGUGAAAAUCCAGUGAAGGGGACAGAAAAUUUGGUUGGUUUAUUUUUUUUUUUAUUAUUAUUAUUUUUAAUAAAUGUAUUUUAAAUUAUACAUAUUUAAAUAUAUUUAAAUAUUUAAAAGGUCUGUUCCCUCCUCUAGGCUUUUACACAGAGCGAGCAGAAAUAGGCACAUCCACAGGCCCCGUUGGCUGAAGUUCCACUGGUACUGUGCAGCAGUGCUGCGCCUCCCCUCUGCAUCUUAUGCUGCCCAGUGUGUGAUCUGACUGUGAGCCUUGUGCUCCAGUACCCCUUGGUCUGUGCAUUACCAUCCUCUUCACUGACUUGCUCUGUAUACAGCUGUGUGCGCUCCAUGUUCCAGCUCCAACAUUAAAACGUUUGGUAUCGCUCUUUUCCAA